ACGGUUCGGGAAUACUUUCAACGGUUCUGAGAAGACACAUCAAAACUCCACAUCAGCUCCUUGUAGAAUCAGCGAUUUUAGUGAUCAACUGAACUAUGGACUACGAAGAAGAUCUCCUAACUAUCCCCAUUAACCCCAACAAUUUCCCCGCGAAGUUAUGGCGUUUAGUCAACUGCCCCAAAACUCGUUCCAUUAGAUGGGAUGGUUGUGGGCAAGGUGUGAUGAUAGAUCAGCAGCUCUUUGAAGCAGAGUUGCUGUCCCCGAUGAAACCCAACGGCGAGGCGUCUGACCUUUUUAAAACGACAAACUUCACCAGUUUUAUUCGUCAACUGAAUCUUUAUGGGUUCAGGAAAGUGGUGCUCGCGCCAGGUAACGCCGAGCAGCCUGAAGAUAAGGAGUUUGCCAUGAUGGAGGGAGUUCAACACCACUUCCACAACCCGAAUUUUAAAAAGGAUCACCCAGAACUAUUAGUGAAUCUCAAGCGAUUAACGAGCACAAAUAAAGCAAAACUGGAAGCAGGACUGGAAGUGAACUGCAGACCACCAAGUCGCUUCAGAAGGCAGAUGGGGAAUUCUCCUGAGGACAAUGACAGGAGGUUCGAAAAGCAAGGGGCAAUCUAUCCCGGACCAGUCCACCGUGGGGUAUCUCGAGAUAAAGUUGCGCACCCUUACCAUCGCGGCUUAGGUCAACCCAAGGAGUACGACAGAACUCCUAUUCCUGCCCGCGGCUGGUUGAUGGGUCAUGGCGAUGCCUCUUCUCCCACUACAUUUUACACCGAUAAAGGGGUACCCGUGUCAGUCAUACGCCGCUUCAUGAUGGACCCAGCACAGUCCAGCCCCACCACCGUGCAUGUCCAACAAGGAGCCCCAAGCGUGUCCAUCAAUGGGCAAAAGCUGAACGCCUUCCACCCUCACCAUCCUCAGUAUCGGCCUGGAUUUUAUUCUGCAGGUAAGCCAGUUUGUCAGUGCUGCACUCCAGGAAACAUGGACAAUGAAAUGAAUUCUGGUGUUCAUCAGGCACCCGCAUUUCCCCACUAUAGCUACUACCAGCCAAAUUACCAAGUGGGCUUCCUACAUCCGGGUGGUAACCAGAACCAAGAGUGGCAGAACGCGCAGGAGUCACAGGACACAAAGAAGACCGAGGUCAACCUGGACACGGUCUUCCAAAUCGUUGACGAACUUCAGGCCUCCCCGAAGGUCCGUAUGGUGAAGCUGGAGACGCCGGAGAAGGAUUAUGAUCCGUCCGAGGAGCCUCAUCACGAGGCCACAGUCCACAGUGUGUCUGACCAAGGCUCUUCUCAGUGCGAUGCCAGUGGCCCUGUCAACAACGCGGGCGCGCCCAUAGCCAUGGAUUCCACCACGAUGACACCCUACGGCCCUGUCCCCGUGGGCGGCAUCAUCAUCUCCGUGCCAGGCAACGUGUCAUCGGGCAUUGCCAUCACUGUGAAUGGCAACACCACCAACCUGACCGAGGCUGCAUCUGGGGGAAGCGGUGAGCACAGGCUUGCCCUGCCAGGACCAGCACCAGCAGAGUACCCAUCUACCAGUGCCAGCCAGAUGAACCAGAACUGCGAGGCUGUGCAGAGUGUCGAGCCCCAUGACAGUGCUGCUGACAAUGAGGUGGUCGCCACCAUUAACUUCAGCGAUCUCGCCACUACGUCCCAAGAGGAAGAGAACUGCAGGAAGCACACCAAGUCACCUGAUCUGAACAUGUUGGUGGAAGUGGCAUGCAACCAGGACUCCUGAGGAACCGCCUCUCUUGCCACGGCUGACAUUGAAUCCCAACCUGCUGUCCAUAGUUGCUGCAGUUCUGCACGUUUUCUCAGGUUCCUGUGUUAUAAAUUCAAACGCCAGUUCAGAGAACAUGUCUAAUGACAUAGAGUAUAUCUGCUAUGGAGACUAUGAUUUGUUAUUUAAGUUUGUUGUUAUGGAUGAUGUUAUGUUAUUUAUUCUUAUUUAUACAUUUUUUGUAGUCAAUGCAUCUUUAUAUAGUUACUGUCAACAGUUUUACCAGACACUAAUAGUAAUAUAACUAAACCACAGUAGCCUGUGUUUUUACCCCAAGUAAAUCUGCCUUAUGAAAAAAAACAUUAAAAAAACAUAAGCAACAGUAAUUUUUAAUUUAAUUUAAUCCUCUUUGACAUAAUUUAUAGACAAUGAAGGCUUGCCUUCUGUAAACUGUAUUAUUUUCUAUUGUUUUAAAGCACUGAAAAUAUAUGUUUAUUCGGGCA